UUGUAUUCGACAUACUUCUGUGUACUGAGAUAAACCAGACAUACUGCAUGUAUGUAUAUAAGAACAAAAGGAAUCAAAGUGAACGUGUUAGUUAAUAGUUCGAUCUAAUAGGAUUCAGAUUGCGUUCCUCAUUACACAGGAGAAAUGUAAUCGAACGAGAUGAAAGUUCAGUUUUAACGUUUGCUUUAAAUAAUCACACCAGGCACGUUUCGAUGCGCACACUUUGCACCAAGUUUUCAUGGUUUACGAUGUACUUCCAUUCCGAGUCUUUCGUUACGCCUAACUUGGGGAAUAUAAUUUUUUCCUGAAGUUGUGAAAAGGGUAAGAAUACUAGCGUGAAGUAUACUGCAGUUACUGGCGUUAAACUGCUUCAGUUCGGUCGAUUUCGCAUUGCGUCCAAAGAAAAUCAGAAAAAUGUCGAAGAGGAAUCCAGGGGACGAAUAUAGAAAAGGGUCAAGUGUGUACAGAGCAGAGGACUCCAGGGGAGAUGACAGAGGAAGGGAUCGGUCUCCAAUUAGAUCAGAUGACCGUUGUGAGGCUACCAAUUACAAUCAGAAUGAUGCAAAGAAACAGAAGCUAGCAUUUGGAUUUGGGAAGAAAAGUGGGACAGACCAAAAGAAGGGUAUUCAGAUAAAAUUAGGUUCAACAUCAAAACCUACAGUAAAAGCAACACCAGUCCAAAGGCCAACAGUAGCUUCUGUAUUCAAUGCAGAUGAAGAAGAUGAACCUGAAGAAAUGCCAGCAGAAGCAAGGAUGAGGAUGCGAAAUAUUGGUAGAGAAACACCAACUUCUGCAGGACCAAAUUCAUUUGGUAAAACAAAGCAAGGAUUUUGUGACUCCAAAAAAAUAUUUGAAAAAACGCUCAAAAAAGCAAUGGAGGAUGCAAAUAAAUGA